CUUCAGAUAAGCCAAGGAGAGGCUUUGGGAAAGAAAGCCUCUCUACUCCGUCUCCGACUUCUGUACGCCGUGCCGUCGCCGUCGAGCACCACGCCUCCUCCUCCUCUUCUUCUCCUCGGCUAGCAAGUCGAAACCGAGAGGAACACGAAUCCGCAGCAGCAAAAACCCCCUCUUUUUCUUAUUUAUUUAGUACUGGUUGCCCUUCGCGUUCUCGGUGGCAAAAGAACGCGGAUUUUCGCAGCAAGAUCGGAUUUUUGUUGGAGUUCUGGUUGCGGGGUGGUUGCGGGGAGGGAGGGAGGGAGAUGGCGGGGGGAGGGAGCAGGAGGAGGGGCGCCGCUAAGGCGGAGGAGGUGAGGAUCGGCACCGCCAACGUGUUCGCCGCGCUCGAGACGCUCAAGAGGAAGAAGAAGCCGGCGGCGGCGGCGGGGAAGAAGCAGGAGAAGGAGCGAAAGCCGGAGGUGUUCUGGGCGCCCGCGCCGCUCACCUCCAAGUCCUGGGCCGACGUCGAGGACGACGACGACGACGACUACUUCGCCACCACCGCGCCGCCGCGCCCCGUCUGGGGAACCCGCCACGACGCCGCCGCCGCCGCCCACGACGACGACGACGACAACGCUGCCCUUGAACAGGAAAUUGAGAGUGAAGAUGAUGAGGUUGAUGAUGAUGCUGAGGAUGAACAUGAACAUGAAAAUGAAGCAGAGGACGCUGCCUCUUCUGAAUCUGCAACAAAUAAAGCUGCAGCUCCUGCACCGCCUAAAGAUACUGAAAGACAACUCUCCAAGAAGGAGUUAAAGAAAAAAGAACUGGAAGAGCUCGAUGCUGUUUUGGCUGAGCUAGGACUUUCUGGGGAGUCAAACAAUGCUGCUCAAAAUGAAACAAACGGCAAGAAAGGUGCAGACCAAGGUGCCGAUGGAGAGAAAAGAGAUGAUGCACCUGCCCCCUCGGAGAGCAAGACAUCGAAGAAGAAGAAAGCUAAGAAAGACAAGUCUGCAAAGGAAGCCAAAGAACCACAGCAACUUAAUGGUGGGCUAGAAGAUGCUGCUGGUGCUAAGCCUGAUGAACAGGCAGCUUCGGUCGAUGUCAAGGAGCGGAUAAAGAAGGUAGCGCCAACGAGGAAAAAGAAGUCAAGCAAAGAGAUGGACGCAGCAGCAAAGAUUGCCGCAUCUGAGGCCGCAGCGAGGAACGCAAAGCUUGCAGCAGCGAAGAAGAAAGAGAAGAGCCAUUACAACCAGCAACCUGUGCGGUGAAUUGCAGCCCAGAUUUUGGAUGUGGAGAACUCCUGAUACAAUAUUUGUUCUCGUUUCGGACUCACAAUAGUACUAUGUAGUGAAGUGAGCUCUAGACUGUUCAUCACAGGAAACCUUUUGAAUCUUGGUUACAUGCAAAAUACAUUACAUUUCGUGCGUGGUUUCUUU